GCGCGCGCCCGUCAGUCUGCGCCCGCCCUCCGCUCGUGUGGGCGCGUCACCACGCGACCUCGCGACCACUCCGCGCUGACCACAGCCCCUACUGGUGCCGCCAGUGUCGCCCGACGGAUCAUGUCACAAUUUAAUCAAUCACAACAACAACUAUAGGAUCUCAGCUGAUUUCAAUAAUCUGAUAACGCUUGUACGUAGUGAUGAGCGGAGCUGAUACUUCGGGGGCUAUUCACGGGUGGGGUUACACGCCGACCGAGGACCGGCCAUCUGCCGCUGUGUCCACGGAAGCCCAGGAUAAAGCCAGCCCCAGGUGCCUCCCUGCAGCCCUUCACAGAGGAUGGCGGAGAACAGCCCUCUACUGUAUUCUGGUGCUACUAAUGGUGCUCGUGUUCCUGAACAUAGCGUUGACUCUAUGGGUUAUUAGUGUUUUAAAAUUAAGUAUGUCAGGAAUAGGUCCAAUCAAGAUAGUGCAGGGCGGCAUUCAGGUGUCGGGUCACGCGUGGGUGGUAGACCGGCUGGUGGCCUCCAGCAUAUCCUCGCAGCCCUCGCAGCCGCUCACGCUGCACUCACAUCGCAACUUCACUGUGCUGGUCUCCGAGCCGCACACGCCGGAUCAUGCCAGCUUACUCAUUAAGCGUGACAGCAUAGAGUGCAGCGGGCACGCGUUCCACGUGCAGGACGCGCGCGGCGCGAGCGUGUUCCGCGCGUCGCGAGACGAGGUUCGCGUCGGCGCCGACGUGCUGGCGGCGGACGGCGCCGGCGGCGUUACGGUCCGCGGGGCCGUACAGGCGCCGACCGUCCGCGCGCCGCCUGGAGCUGAUCUACUAUUGGAAUCCGCGACUAGAGGUCUGGACCUGAGAGCCCCGCAGUCUAUAUAUUUAGAAAGUAGAGCGGGAAGCAUUGACAUCACAUCGCAUAGCAACAUAAAGCUUGCUUCUGCGUUUGGUUCCAUUAAAAUCGAUGCCUCGAAUAUGAUAAUCAGCAACUUAAAAGAAGCAAAUGUGACAAGUACGCCGCAACCAAAUGUGAAAUACAGAAAAGUGUAUCAACUAUGUGCAUGCGGCUCUGGCAAGCUGUUCCUCGCCGCGCCGGACGUGCUCUGCGAAGCACGGGAGGACGACACCGACCUGUGUCGAUGAUGCACAAACAUAGAAUAAUUAGCCAAAUAUUUGUCGCCUAGUCUGAAUUUUAUAGAUUAGUAUCGGAGAUCCACACACCGAAAAGCAACGUAAUUAGAUAUAAAAGAUAGAACAUUAAAGACUGUACUGAGAGAUAGUGUGCCAAUAUUUUUUAAAGAACAUUUUGUUGACUAACGAAAGUCGUUUCCAUCAAGUUCGUCAAGCCGCAUUCCUGGCUGUACGGUCACGAGCAUUAAUUAUGUAUACACUUUAGUACCAUGUCACAUUAACUUUUUUGACAAUUUGAACUGUAAGUCUCACUAAAUGUCAAAUAUGUUAGCGCAACAGAGUCCUAAAGUGGGUACAUUAUAUUGCUCAUGACUGUACGUGAAGCAAGCAUUCAAGUCGUAUUACCGGAAACCCCUUUCGUUAGUAUAAAUAGAAUCAGUAUUAACGACGCAUUUGUGAUCUUAGAUAAAUAAAAAGAUAAUUAAUAGUAAAGAAAUAGAAAAAAAUGAAGUUAAAAUGCAACUGCCUUUUACGAAUUUGCACCUUGCACAUUGAUAUAAUUUAACUAGUACAAAAACGUGAUUAAAUAGCAAUAAAUGUAAGAGUGUUAAAUUUUUAAUUAUUAUAACAUAAUAUAGAAUUUACUUUGAUAAAAUUAUCACCAAAA